GUGGGCAACAUGGAUCAAAACGAAUCCAGGCCAAGCUGGAGGCCUGGGAAGCCUGUGCGCUGAACCUCAAACGUCUGGAGUCCUUUGCCUUCUGAAUCUUUUGACCAAGAGAGGCUGAUAACAUGGAACCGCGCACUAGGGCUCUGGCAGCAGCCAGACUUGGGUUUAGUUCUAUUGUUUACCAGCUGCGUGACAUUGAGUAAAAGGCUUAACCUCUUCGGUCCCAAAUGCCUCCUUAUUAACAUGGGGACAACAACAGAACCCAUCUCCCAGAACUGAUGCCAAGCAUUUGGCCACAGUUGCUGCUAGGUGAGGGACAGUCCUGUUUCAUACACAACAGAAUGUUGAUAAUCAUUUAUUGAUCACUUUCAGGGCCAAACAGUUUGUGUGCUUGUAUCUCAUUGAAACACCACCAUUUCUCUGGAUAGCAGACACUUUUACCAUAUUACAAGUUAUAUAGACAUUUAGCACUAAUGGCACAGAGUAGGUGCUCACCAAAAACUGUUAGCGAGGGCACUUUUGUCACAUAAAACAAAAAAGGAGCAUGCGAAAGGCGCUUUGCAAGGUGUAAGGUUCCGCACAAGUUUUUGCUGUAAUUGUUACGUCGCCCUUUGUGGUCAUAAUCCUUUAUUUAUUCUUUCUGAGUUACUACGAUGGUACCCUAGUUACCGUGGCCAUGGAAACGCGGCCCGCCGUCGCGGAUUGGACGGUUCGCGGGUUCCCCCUGGAGGCCACCUUCUGGUCCUGCUGCGGAAAGACCGGGCCUGCCUUGGAGACUGGGAGAGGGGUGUCGGGAGUUGUAGGCGAUGGGCGUGGCUGCUGCGGAGCGGUGCACGCCGGGAUUUGCAGUUCCCGGCCGAGGCCGUUGGCUGCUCCACACCGAGCUCGGGCCUCACCCGGAUGGCGGCUGUGACGCGCAGCUGCCGGCCCUGGGGCUCGCUCCUCGGGCUGCUCGGGCUGGUCUCGGCCGCGGCCGCCGCCUGGGACCUGGCUUCCCUGCGCUGCAACUUGGGCGCCUUUUGCGAAUGCGACUUCCGGCCCGACUUGCCGGGUCUGGAGUGUGACCUGGCUCAGCACCUGGCCGGCCAGCAUCUGGCCAAGGCGCUGGUGGUGAAGGCGCUGAAGGCCUUUGUGCGCGACCCUGCCCCCACCAAGCCACUGGUCCUCUCCCUGCACGGCUGGACCGGCACCGGCAAAUCCUAUGUCAGCUCCCUGCUGGCGCACUACCUCUUCCAGGGCGGCCUCCGCAGCCCCCGCGUGCACCACUUUUCUCCCGUCAUCCACUUUCCCCACCCCAGCCACAUCGAGCGCUACAAGAAGGAUCUUAAGAGCUGGGUCCAAGGGAACCUCACAGCCUGCGGCCGCUCCCUCUUCCUCUUCGAUGAGAUGGACAAGAUGCCCCCAGGCCUGAUGGAAGUCCUGCGGCCUUUCCUGGGCUCCUCCUGGGUUGUAUACGGGACCAACUAUCGCAAAGCCAUUUUCAUCUUCAUCAGCAACACGGGUGGCGAGCAGAUCAACCAGGUGGCACUGGAGGCGUGGCGCAGCCGCCGGGACCGCGAGGAGAUCCUCCUGCAGGAGCUGGAGCCAGUCAUCUCCCGCGCAGUGCUGGAUAACCCACACCAUGGCUUCUCACACUCAGGCAUCAUGGAAGAGCGCCUCCUAGACGCAGUGGUGCCCUUCCUUCCACUGCAGCGGCACCAUGUCCGGCACUGCGUGCUCAAUGAGCUGGCCCAGCUGGGCCUGGAGCCGAGGGAUGAGGUUGUCCAGGCUGUGCUGGACAGCACCACCUUCUUCCCUGAGGACGAGCAGCUCUUCUCCUCCAAUGGCUGCAAGACUGUGGCCUCCCGAAUCUCCUUCUUUCUCUGACUCCCCGGGUGGUAUCCUUGGCCCCUCUAAUGGCCAGGCCAUGCAGGAAAGGCCUGGGGCCUCUGUCACAGGAACCCAGCGCACCAAGUGAGAUGAAGGGAGUGGCGGCUGGGCCACAGGACAGAUGGCUGGGAAAGGGCCCUGGCCUCUAAUCUGGCUCAAGAGCAUCUUGGCCCUGGCCACCUUCCCCAGGGAAACCCCUGGUCACCCCAGAACCUCACUGAGCCCUGACCUCCCCCUGCAGCCUGAGCCUUCUUACUGUGAAUUAUAACUCAGGGACUGUGGCUCGUGGCGGCGCUCCCUCCUUAGUCUGCCACCCUUGCCCCUUUCCUCCUUGGUUGGGCACCAUGCCCCCUCCCCUCCACCCCACACCCUGUGUCCAUUUCAUCAAGCCAGGUGGAGCCUUCUCAGUUUCCAUAAAUGGAGGGACUCAAGCUGCCACUUGGGCCUGGUUUUAGAAGUUUUUAAUUUUGUAAAAGAAGAGAACAAGUAUAAUAAACUCAGCUAUGGGACCAGA